GAACCCAAUGUUUCUCUCUCCACAAAUUUGCUUUAAUAAUAAAAAGUAGCUAUUUCUUGAAAAACCCAAACAAAUCCCUUUUUAUCCCUUCUCUUCAUUUUGUUUUUGAAUUAGGGUUUCACUCUGCAAUUCUUUCACUUUCAUAACCCUAAAUCACCCAGAUCCUCCUUCCAACUUUCCGUUUUCCCGCCAUUUCCCGCUUCCUAUCAGACGUUGAUUAACUCCAUUUCAAAUACUAGCCGUUAGAUCUGUCUCAUUCGUUGCCAUUUUUUUAAUUUAUUUUUUAUUAUUUCAAACUCGCCUGAAAUGUCGGCUGUUGAAGCGGAGAAGAAGGUCGACGAGGAGAAUAAUGGUAAUAAUAGUAAGAUAGCAGCAACAGAGGAGAAUGGAGGUGAGUUAUUGUUCUGCGGUGCUACCAGUUGGGACAUGGUCGGUCGGAAGAAAGGCUCUCAAGAUGGUAACCUGGUCUCUCCUACUCGUCUUCGUCCUCUCGUCGGCGUUGACAUUCGCUUCGUUGCCUCCGGCUGCGCUUCCUGUCACUGUGUGGCGUUGGACGUUGACGGGCGUUGUUUUACAUGGGGCCGGAAUGAUAAGGGACAAUUAGGUCACGGAGACAAAAUUCAGCGCGAUAGACCAACCAUUGUUUCUGAACUUUCCAAGUUUAAAAUUAUUAGCGCUGCAGCAGGGAGAAGCCACACAGUGGUGGUCACUGAAGACAGUCAAUCCCUAGCAUUUGGCUGGAAUAAACAUGGGCAACUUGGUACCGGUUUUGCUAAAAAUGAAACAGAGGCAUCUCCUGUUCACUGUCUCGUGAAUGAUGUCAAAACUACUGCUUGUGGAGCUGAAUUCACUGUCUGGUUAUCAUUUAUUAAAGGAUCUUCUAUAUUAACUGCUGGCCUUCCACAGUAUGGUCAGCUUGGACAUGGAACAGACAAUGAGUAUAAUACUAAAGAUAGCUCAGUCAGGCUUGCUUAUGAAGCCCAGCCACGCCCUAGACCGAUAAGUUCUUUUUCUGGGGAAACUAUUGUAAAGGUUGCAUGUGGAUCAAAUCAUACGGUGGCUGUGGAUUCAAGUGGCCAUGUUUACACGUGGGGCUUUGGUGGUUAUGGAAGGCUUGGGCAUAGAGAGCAAAAGGAUGAAUGGGCCCCUCGUCGGGUGGAUGUCUUUCAGAGGCAUAAUGUUCUACCUCCUGAUGCAGUUAUUUCUGCUGGUUCUGUCAAUUCUUCAUGUACAGCAGGAGGUGGACAGUUAUAUAUGUGGGGCAAAAUAAAGAGCACCGGUGAUGACUGGAUGUAUCCUAAACCUCUAAUGGAUCUAAGUGGUUGGAAUUUACGAUGCAUGGAUUCUGGCAGCAUGCACCAUUUUGUUGGUGCUGAUAACUCCUGCAUAAGUUGGGGCCAUGCUCAGUAUGGUGAAUUGGGAUAUGGUCCUGCUGGACAGAAGUCUUCAGCAAUACCCAAGAAGGUAGAGAUUCUCGAUGGCAUGCAUGUUAUUGGUGUUGCAUGUGGUAUGGGCCAUUCAAUGGUUAUAGUUGAUAGAAAAAAUGCAGCUGAUCGACUUGAACAGCUGGAUACAUAUGAUGGCAAAGCUUCUGGUGAAGGUACUGGGAGUGAGGAACCUGAGAACAAAAUUCCAGCUGCUAAGCCUAGUACAAAGAAAGCUGCAGCUAAAAAUUCUGAUACUUUGAAGAAAAGGAAGAAGUCCAAAGAUUCAUCAGAAUCAGAAAACGAAGAGAUGAGUGAUGAUGAAAGCGGGAAUAGCGAAGAAGAGGCGAAUGGCCGGACACCAAAAAGUAAGCGAGGUGGAAAGGCUUCUGGUAAAGGUGGACGGGGCCGCCCUGCUUCGGCAAGUAAAGGUAGCACUGGCAAGAGAGGUAGGCCAAGGAAGACAUAGGUUUUAGUUAUAUGUUCACCAACUUAAAAGGUGAAAUUUUUGCUCUCAGUGUAGAGUCUUGUACCAUUUUCGGACAGUGGCUAGUGACUGCUGAAUUUGUUGCACAAUUUAGAUUGAAUUUUCAUUCUUCAGUUCCCUUCACAUUGUGUGUUUUCUUUGGAGGGAACCCAUUUUCCUGGAUUAGGGCAUUGAUUUCAAUGAUAUUCGAGGGGAACUGAAUCGAUAUGAGGGACAACUUGUACCAUUUCAUAUCAAUUGAAAAUUUAUUGUUCUGUUCAA